AGGACUUUUUGUGUUCACAUUUUUUUUUUUUCCCUUUUUUCUGCUACCCCUCAUUGAGCCACUUGAGCCUGGAGCAGAUGGAAAGAUUGUAGCGGGGGGAAAGUAAGCAAGCAGCGGAGAGAGAGAAAACUGGGAGAAGCCAUGCAGAGAAUGAGGCAGCCCAGCGACAAUGCUUGAUGAACUGAAACACUGACCACCAGAAAGGCUUUCUUCCACUUUUGACUGAGCCCUAGAGAACUCAAGGAAUAAGACAGGACAGUCCUCAGGGGAGACAUCAACUCAUUGUCCCAGCUGACGGGAAAAACCUGGAGAGCUCAAGAAAGAAAGAAAGAGUUUGAGAAGUGGAAAGAGGGGAGUUCUACAGAUGACAGUUAAAGCAGAGAGGCAGAAAGAGAUGCUCAGAGGGACCAGGUAGAGAAAAGUGAAACAAGUAACAGGAUUGCUUGUGGUGUGUCUACAAGGACUGCUCAAAGAAAGGACGACACACCAGAGUCUCAACAAAAGCUGUUGCAAGUAAAACAGGGAGUGAGAUCAGACAGAAGUAGAGUUGACAGAGCUAGAUAAGGAUGGCCAACUCAGGUCUUCAGUUGUUGGGUUAUUUCCUGGCUUUGGGUGGCUGGAUCGGCAUAAUUUCCACCACCGCCCUGCCCCAGUGGAAGCAGUCAUCGUAUGCUGGCGAUGCCAUCAUCACAGCUGUGGGGCUGUAUGAGGGGCUGUGGAUGAGCUGCGCCUCGCAGAGUACGGGACAGGUGCAGUGCAAGAUCUUUGACUCCAUGCUCUCGCUGGACAUCCACAUCCAGACAUGUCGGGCCCUUAUGGUAGUGUCAGUACUGCUGGGUUUUAUCGCCAUCAUCGUCAGCGUGGUGGGCAUGAAGUGCACCAAGGUGGGCGAUAAUAACCCAGCUACCAAAACUCGCAUCGCCGUGACUGGAGGAGUUCUCUUCCUGCUUGCAGGUCUAUGUACGCUGGUGUCUGUGUCCUGGUAUGCCACUCAGGUGUCCUAUCAGUUCUUCAACCCAAAUACACCGCCCAAUGCCAGGUAUGAGUUCGGCUCAGCCCUGUUUGUGGGCUGGGCGGCAGCCAGUCUGACGGUCCUGGGGGGCUCCUUGCUGUGCUGCUCCUGCUCUAAAGAAGAUAUGCGAGGGCAGCAAUAUUAUCGCCAAUCACAGCCUUCCACAGCAAGGGAGGCAGAGUUGUUGAGUGAAACUAGUUUCCCUGACUGAUCAGCCCCCGCCUUUUUAUCGAGGACUGCCCGACUGUCCAACCACUGUCUUUCCCCUCUUUUUCCUGUUAUCUAUUAGACCCCAAAUUUGGACCUCAUGUAGUAAAAUAUUCCCCUGUCCUCAGCACUACAACUGCACAUUAUCAGUUCUAAUGGGGACCAAUAUGCGUUGUCUUCUCCCAUUUCCCUACCUUCUGAGCCUUCUCUGUAAAUAUGGACUCUUAAAGGAUAUGUGUUCAGAUCUUCUAUUUAAGAACUGAGGUGGCCUUCUCCAUUUCAGCCCUUCAUCCCUCUACUACACCUCCAACACCCUUCUCUGUCUCAUCAUUGGCUGAAAGUUAACAAUGAGUUGAAACCCUUUGUGGUUCUGUUGCGCUGAUUUAUGAUUUCACUUAUAUCCUAUGACCUCUGGGUGUUUUUGUAAAUGUGUCUUUUGGGUUUAUUUUGUGCACUGUGACUGUACUUUGACUGAAACAUGUCUUUCUUUCCCUUUUGAAUUGCAGACCAAAUGUUAAAAGUACCCCACCAGAGAAAAGGGAGCAGUACUUGUAGUUUGGGAGAGUCUUCUGGCCUUACCAUGGUUUAGAUUCUGUCAACAGACAAAACCCUCUCACUGAGGAAUUCAAAACAGACAAACAGACAUCUUUAAAGAAAGAAUUUAUGAACAGCAACAUUUCAAGCAUAUUGCAACAACAUAAGUCUAACAUGAGUCUUUGUUGGAGAAAUGUGUAGUAGAUUUUCUGAAAUAGGGUGAUUGAGAAAGAUGAUAUGCUUGUCUUGUCUGUUUUGUUGACUUUGGGAGAGACAGUGAUUCAGGGUAUGUUUUCUAUAACAUGUUAAAAUGCCCGGGUGUAUAUACCACCUACUCUAUUCUUUUUUCUUAUUUUUUUUACUACAUAUAUAAUGUUUAACUACAGUGCCUUGUAACACAUGUUUGUGCACAUGUAUGUUUUUGACUUCAUGGAUUCUUUAUAGUCUCCCAUCUUAUCUGAGGGAUGUGUGUCCAAAGUUCCUCUGCCAGCAGUUCUGUGUGCCUUUUUCUAUUGUUGGAUUUCUGAAAAUGAAUGUGAAGCUACUCUACAGUACCAGUUAUGAGACAACAAAGACAUACAGACGAUAAAUCUUCAGCAUAGUGCCUUAUGUCACUGUUUGGAAUAAGCUGUGUGCCUGCUUCCAAGUAGCCUGGAUUGAGGAUAUACCAAGCACAUUCAUUUCCUUUUGUUAAGUGCCAAUAUGAUUUGUGUGAAUGACAGAGUCACUGUAUUACUGACUCUGAAGGAUGCACUGUACUGUUUGUUGUCUCCUGUACUAAGGAAUGCCAGUUUGCUGAGUGUUCAAAUGCCCUUUUGAUGCUUGCAUUUAUUUACCAUGCCAUUCCUUUCUCUAAUAUUUACCUCCUCAGUGUUGUGUAUCAUCUCAUUUACAGUAUACCCCUGUCUGUUUCUUUUAGAAUAAAGUAAACAGAGACAUAAAAAUGGC